CUUCGUUCAACUCUCUAGGCUGAAUAUCCUAUACAUUAUCCACGCUCCCUAGUCCCGCACCGCUCUCUAUUCUCCUUCUACUUCCUCUACCAUGGCAUCCCGGCGACUGGCUUUGCACUUUAACCAGGCUCUGCGUAGCCGCGCAGCCCUGAAAGCCGUUCAACCCGUAAAAAGAGGCUUCGCAACUCCUGUCACUCUUCCCGCCACAACCCAAUCGACAACCCUCUCAAAUGGCUUAACGAUUGCCACUGAGUACUCGCCAUGGGCCCAGACGUCGACCGUUGGCGUGUGGAUUGAUGCGGGAAGCAGGGCAGAAACCGAUGCGACCAAUGGAACCGCACAUUUCCUCGAGCAUCUUGCCUUCAAGGGCACCAACAAGCGAUCGCAACAUCAAUUGGAACUUGAAAUUGAAAACAUGGGUGCACAUCUCAAUGCCUACACCUCGCGAGAAAACACUGUAUACUACGCUAAAUCCUUCAACGCCGACGUUCCCAAGACCGUCGAUAUCCUCUCUGAUAUCCUCCAAAACUCAAAACUAGAGCCUGCUGCAAUUGAGAGGGAACGGGAUGUCAUCCUUCGGGAGCAAGAGGAGGUUGAUAAACAACUUGAAGAGGUUGUAUUUGACCAUCUGCAUGCGACCGCUUUCCAGAACCAGCCACUGGGACGAACUAUCCUCGGCCCCAAGGAAAACAUCCAAACCAUCAAGCGGGAGAACUUGGUGGAUUAUAUCAAAACCAACUACACGGCUGACCGCAUGGUCCUUGUCGGUGCUGGUGGCAUUCCCCACGACCAACUCGUAAAGCUGGCUGAGCAACAGUUUGGCUCCCUCCCUAGCCAACCCCCUAGCUCUGCUGCUUCUGCCAUCGCCGCUGAGCAGAAGCGCACCCCCGACUUCAUCGGUUCCGAAGUUCGCCUCCGUGAUGACACUAUCCCUACUGCCAACAUUGCCCUGGCUGUUGAGGGAGUCAGCUGGAAGGACGACGAUUACUUCACCGCUCUUAUCACUCAGGCUAUCGUUGGUAACUGGGACCGUGCCAUGGGUAACUCCCCGUACCUUGGCAGCAAGCUCAGCCACUUUGUCGGCCAUCAUAACCUGGCCAACAGCUUCAUGAGCUUCUCCACCAGCUACAGUGAUACUGGCCUGUGGGGUAUCUACCUCGUCUCUGAGAACCUCACCCAACUCGAUGAUCUCGUCCACUUCGCCCUCCGCGAAUGGUCUCGCUUGUCAUUCAGCGUGACUGAAGCUGAAGUCGAGCGCGCCAAAGCCCAACUGAGGGCAUCCAUCCUCCUUUCUCUCGACGGCACCACUGCCAUCGCCGAAGAUAUCGGCCGCCAGAUCGUCACCAGCGGCCGCCGCCUUAGCCCGGAGGACGUUGAGCGUGCCAUCUCCGGAAUCACCGAGAAGGAUGUCAUGAGCUUUGCCCAGCGGAAACUGUGGGAUAAAGACAUUGCCAUCAGUGCUGUUGGUAGCAUUGAGGGUAUGCUCGAUUAUCAACGUAUCAGAGCAGACAUGAGCCGGAACGUUUCAUAGUUGUAAAAAUAAGCAAAAGAAGAACAAAUGAGAGAAGGAAGGCCCGAAGAACAGCUGCUCUCCGCAAUUCCAGCGCUCAAACACUACCCACACACUAAUCCCGUUGUCAUUCUGGAUGCUGUUUAUUAUUGAUAUUCCUUUACUUUUCUGCCUGUUGCUGCUGUGUGUUUGAUGAUUUUUAGAUAGACUUAAGGGGUGGAAGGGUGGGGAAAGAUGGAUGAGAGAGAUGUUGUCGUGUUUUCAUUGUACAGUAUGGACAUACCUAUCCACUGAUAUACUCAAAAGACCUGUUUCCUUUGUUCAAUCUCACACAUGUUCAAUUAUUUUCCAGCCGAAAAUGCUUACUGGCGUAGGAUACAUCAAUCUGUGUAAGAAACACCGUGAAUUUAACAGCAUCAAGGCCUCCAUUUCCCGUAGCCCCUCCCAUAUUUGGUCCUAAUGAGCAACGGACGCCGGUCA